AUGAAAAAUGAGCAAAACCAGAGAGAAGAACAGUACGGGGCGUGGAUGAGGGUAGGGAACAUCAUGGCAUCUCCUUUAAGGACCAGUACACCAUUAGAAGGAAGCAUAAUAGGGAGGGUAGAUGCACAGAAACAACAAGGAAGUAUGAUACAGGAGGGAGGAGGGGUGAGGGAAAAGAAAAGUAGGACGGAGAUUAGUAUAGAGUAUAGGGGAGGGGAUAUGAGAAAAGGUGAAAAAAGUAAGGAGCAGAAAGAGGAGAAUAAUACAAAGAAAGAUGAAGGAAAGAACAAAAAAAUUGAGGGAGUAGAGAGGGAAGAGGGAGCUAGUGGAUGUAAGGAAGGAGAAGAUAUGAGCGUAACCAAGGGUGGCAUAGAAAAAAGGCAUCAACAAGUGGAUGAAAACAAAAAAGAGCUUGUAAUAGUCCAGGUGAUGGACACGGAUGAAUGUGAACAAGAAAGUGAACUGAGUAACAAUGAGGGAUAG